UAGACCAAGCGUUCUGGAAUUCUCCACGCUGUCUUACAUUUGACUGAAAAACUCUACCCUUCGUUUUCCUCUCCAGUCUUGGUUCAUAUACUACUCUCCUCAAACCUAAAACAAAACCCUAAUCCCCAUCUUGAUCAAUCCAUGGCGAUAAUUUCCGAUUACGAGGAGCAAGAGAACAAACCAUCACCGACGGCGGCUGCGUCAACGCCGACAAAGCCCUUCAAGGCCGUGCUUGAUCCUGCUAACCCUCUAGGGUUUCUCGAAACGGCGUUUGAAUUCGUUGGCCGAGAAUCUGAUCUGUUCAAGAGUGAUUCGCUUAUUAGUGAUGUCAGUGCUGUUGUUCGUAUGGUGAAAGACAAGUUGGAAGCCGAGGAGCGCAAGAAGAAAGAGAAGGCAGAAACAUCAAACACAAAGGUGGCGGCCGAAAAGAAGGUUAAAGAGGAGGUUCCAGCUGUUGCUACAAAGAAGGAGGCUAAAGAGGUAAAAGCCAAGGAAGUUAAGGAGGAAAAGGAGGAUGACAAGAAGGGCCCUCGAGCUCCCAACAAAGGCAAUGGCCUUGAUCUUGAGAACUAUUCAUGGAAUCAAUCCCUCCAGGAAGUCAAUGUUAAUAUUCCGGUACCCCAUGGAACAAAAUCAAGGUUUAUUGUUUGUGAUAUAUCAAAGAACCGUCUGAAAGUUGGACUAAAAGGUCAGCCUCCAAUAAUUGAUGGAGAACUUUAUCGACCUGUGAAAGUUGAUGAUUGUUUCUGGAGCUUAGAGGACCAGAAAUCAAUCUCUGUACUCCUAACUAAGAAGGACCAGAUGGAAUGGUGGAAGUGUUGUGUGAAAGGUGAGCCUGAAAUUGAUACACAGAAAGCAGAGCCUGAAAGUAGCAAGCUAGCAGAUUUGGACCCCGAGACGCGAUCAACUGUGGAAAAGAUGAUGUUUGAUCAGCGACAGAAAUCAAUGGGUCUUCCAACAAGUGAUGAGACACAGAAACAAGAAAUUCUCAAGAAAUUUAUGGCAGAGCAUCCAGAAAUGGACUUCUCUAAGGCAAAGAUAUCCUGAUAUCCUAAUUCGCUUGGCAGAGGCUUUGCUUCUUGGAUCAUAUUAUUCUGGAAAGGGCUAGAUCAUCUUUUUUGCUGUGUCUUCUUUUUUGGGGUUUUAUUACGAUUUGUGACUUUGGAAAUUUUGUGCAUUGAGCUGCUUAUGUCGAUUGGUGUCUUUUUGGGAGACUCGUGGGUUACUCAUCUAUACUUGGUUGUAACAGAUUACUAGUACAUUGGGUACUGGAUCACAUCAUAUUCAAUCAAAGCUUCUCUCUGUUAGUGUAGUCUUCA